UUCUACAAGAAAAGAUUAACCAACAAUACACAUAAAAAGAUAGUAAUACAGAACAAAGAUUAAAAAGCAGAUCAAUUUUAGUUUCAGUCGUCAAGAAAAAAAAAGCCAUCUUGAAGGACGAAGCUAUCAUGAUUCGACUAUGUAGAAGAAGAAAAGCACUACGAAAGACCCAGGAAAUAAUGGCUGCAAUCAGAAAGAAGCUGGUGAUAGUUGGAGAUGGUGCGUGUGGGAAGACCUGCCUCCUCAUCGUCUUCAGCAAGGAUCAGUUCCCAGAAGUCUACGUCCCCACUGUAUUUGAGAACUACAUUGCUGACAUUGAAGUUGAUGGCAAACAGGUGGAAUUGGCACUGUGGGAUACUGCCGGCCAGGAGGAUUAUGACCGACUGCGGCCUCUCUCCUAUCCUGACACCGACGUUAUACUUAUGUGCUUCUCCAUAGACAGCCCUGACAGUUUAGAGAACAUUCCUGAGAAAUGGACCCCUGAAGUAAAGCACUUCUGUCCCAACGUUCCCAUCAUACUUGUGGGCAACAAGAAGGACCUUAGAAACGAUGAACACACACGCAGGGAGUUGGCCAAAAUGAAACAGGAGCCUGUCAAGCAAGAGGAGGGCAAAGACAUGGCACAACGCAUCGGUGCCUUUGGCUACCUGGAGUGCUCAGCCAAGACUAAGGACGGCGUGCGGGAAGUGUUUGAGAUGGCUACCAGAGCAGCGCUGCAGGUCCGCAAGCGCAAGAAGCGGGGCGGCUGCCAGUUACUGUGAGGAGUCUGUAUCUGCUGGCUGAUCAACAUCUGAGGGAGGACUCUCCCAGAACAAACUUAGAGAAACCUUAAAUCCGUGGCUUCCAUAGACUGUACUUACUACACAGAUGCAGGUGUAUAUGAGAGACUGCCACACCUGUUUAACCCUCUUUCUAUAGGAGGGUUAAACAAAGGCUAAACAAAUCAGUUAUUAAAUGUUUUCUUUCCAACUUUCUGCUCAUAUCUUGCUGUUUCCUGUAACCAGCACACCAGUCUGCUUGUGUGGCAGAUUGAACUCUUGUUUCUGUAUGAAUGUAUUUGUAUUUAAAUGUGCAUUAUUCUUUAAAAAUGCCAUGCCUUCUGCUUGCGUGUCAUGAUUCUGUUUACAGAGAGGGGUCAUGUGCUCUUCCUGUUCUGUCAUUGUUUCUCCUAUAGCAUUGAAUGGUUGUUUUUUUUUUUUGUUGUUUGGAUUUGCUUCCUUCUGCUUCUUCUAAAAUCUCCAUGCACCACUUGAUUUCCUUUUACACACCAGAUUCUGUGGCAGUUAUCUGCAUUGUACCACUAUUAGUUUUAUACUGUAAAACUUAAUAUGCCACCAAGCUGUUGCCGAUCUGCAAGAGACCAAAUUUAGAACCCGUUCACACCCAAUUAAGCCCAGCAUACAGCAGUACACUGAAAGAGCAGACAGCAUUUGGAAGGAGAAGCUUUGGACGGCACACUGGUCCCUCCCAGUAAUGGCGACAGCUUAAACUGGCACUGCAGACAGUGCUGCAUUGUUGAGGACAAUGCUAGCAGUUGCAAUCCUCUGGCUCUGACAGACAUGACCAAUGCUUUCCCUGCACCAGCCCAGCCUCCUCUCUGAUCUCAGUUCUGUUUCAGAUGCAGAAUAUAUUUGCCUCAUUACUGUGUAAAAGAUUUUCUGAAGAUGAAUACGCUCCGUUUACAGCCAUUUUUACAUGCAAUUUUGGUCUAUUAGAAGAGCAGUAACAUCUCUUGCUCAGCAGCAACACUUUUGUUGGCCAAGUUUUUUUUUUUUUUAAUAAUAUGCACUACCAUAACAGGUUUUUCUAUCUAUAUCAGAUUUUAAAUUCUUUGACGCAUCAUAUGCACAUGUCUAGUCCUUGAACCGGAUUAUGCUACAGUUUGAGUGCCAUGGAUCCCUUUUUGUUUCUUUUAGUCACCAUUGCAAACUGAUCGCCUCCUGUUUUAUAUAUUUAGAUUCAGAGAUUUGAAAUAUGCGGCCUAGAAAUAAUACCUGCACACUUGGGCCGUGUGUUAAGUGUCUAAUGCAUAGCUUAAGAGAAAAUGUUGAUUGUAGAAAACACUUCGCAAACAGGAGAGGAUUGUUUUCUCUGGAGGAGAUGAACGUGUCAAUAAAAUAUUUUUGAAACUCA